GAGAUGCCCAAAGAAUAAAGAUCAAGGGAGAACCUCCGGCCCGACCAGCGACGAAUAAACGAUGAAGUUUUCCGACUCGCCGGUUAUCGAGCUCCCGGUGGGCGGCGCCGCCCUCUCCUUCGAGCAGGACAACGGCUCGAUCCACGUCGGCACCUCCGUCUGGCCCUGCUCCCUCGUCCUCGUUAAAUUCGUCGACCGCUGGCUUCCCCGUCUCCCCUCUUCCACCGCUGAUUCUGUCCCCAACCCCUACGCGCAUCUCCUCCACUUCGCCGGAAAGCGCGCCGUCGAGCUCGGCUCCGGCUGCGGCCCCGCUGGCCUUGGCCUCGCCGCCCUCGGCCUCGACGUCGUCCUCACCGACAUCGCCCCCGUCCUCCCCGCCCUCCGCCGCAACCUCAAGCGCAACCGCCCUGCCCUUCCCAAAACCCCCAAGGUCGCCCAGCUCUACUGGAACAACCCCGCCCAGAUCGAAUCCCUUAAGCCCCCCUUCGAUCUCGUCGUCGCCGCGGACGUCGUCUACAUGGAGGACUCCGCGGCCCACCUCGUCACCGCCAUGGAUGCCCUCCUAGCGCCCGACGGCGUGGUCUUGCUGGGGUACCAGCUCCGAUCACCCGAAGCCCACCGAGUGUUCUGGGAGCGAUGUCAGCAGGUGUUUCCGGUUAUAGAGAAGGUCCCCCACGAGGAUCUUCACCCGGAUUAUGCCUACGAGGAGACCGAUGUGUAUCUCCUCUGGAAGAGGAAGUGAGAUUUGGAUCGACGCAAAUUCACCAGGAAUUUGGGGAGAAAUUCGCUCGAGAAUAGGACAUAUGAGUGUAGUUGCCUGUUCAGUAUGUGCAAGAGAUUGAAGUACAUUUCUGAAAUAAAGGGGGCUUUGAGUUUCAAGCCUCUAUUCCAUCUGUCUCAUGUGAAAGUGGUAGAUAAAUGAUGACAAAUACUACCUCGAUAACUUGUCUUGAGAGGUUUACAUCAAGUAAGGAAAAAAAAAAAACUUGUCUUGAGAGGUACAGGUACAUGUAGAUUUUCACUUUUCAGCUUCAUUCCAUGUCUCAUAUGAAGCUGGUGGAUAAAUGAUGAGAAACUAUAUCAAUAAUUUUUCUUGUGAGAUACAAGGAUGCAUUCGAACGUAGUGUAAAUCAUAAACUGGAUUUGUGCAAUUAUUUCACAGU